UGGGAUGAUCACUUCCGCCGGCUCUGCUGCUGGUGGCGAGGUGAGCUGCCUGGUGCCGCGAGGACGUCUCCGCGCUCUGUUUACUCUCCCCAUGUCCAAAAGUCAUGGAUGAUCCAACCGAUGAGCAAACAUAUAGGCUCCAGUGUCUGCUCUGUCAGUCUGUCAAGUCGGCGGCGCUCCAUCUGAAAUCACUGUAGCUGAGGGAUCAUCUCAUCAGAUGAUAGCUGGUAGCUGAGGGUGGCUCUUACAUAAAGUGAUAUUAAUGACUGUGCUGCAACCAGACUCUGAUUCUAUUUGAAGCAUGUCAGUAACAGGACACCAUGCACUGUGCAAAGCCAGUGUCUGGCGUGUUUAUUCUCUGACUUAACCGUGCUUAGGCCAAUAAAAACACCCAUGUAACAUUUAUUAACCUCACUUCUAACUGGCUUCAAGGAGCUCUUGCACUGCAAACUUUGAUUACAUGGGAGCAGUCCUUUCUAUCAGCCUAAUUAAUGAAUAACUCUGAUGUCAUGUGGUGAAGUGUUCAAGUUCAGGAGCCCAAAGCCGAGCAAAGUGGACCUCUGUAUUUUCUCCAGAAUCUCCUGUGCUCGGCCACCUCUGAUCUGGUGUCAAAAUGGCUUCACGACGGGGAGACAUUCCAGCACUUGAGUCUGGCACAUCGUCCGGACUCUUUGGCGCUUUCUCGUCUCCUAUCGGAAUGCCACGGCGCACCGUCAGCUAUGACGAGCUCAUGGAUGCCACCAUACAUUCACCACCUUCAGAUUUAAAUGUCAACAUCUUAUGGAAAGACCCUGUCAUCCCACAGCACAGGUUCAGGAACGUUGCAGAGGAAGGCGAGAGCGGUGGGAGGACGGUGACUUUUGACGCAGCAGCGUCUGUCAAGUCUCCAGUGCCUGUUGUGAAAGCCAAAGCUACCUCUUUAAUGAGCACACUUAGGAUCAAGCAGACCCAGGAGAGCCUCCAGAAGUUUGAGCACCAGGCGGGGCUCACUGACGCAGGGUAUUCUCCCCACAAGGGGCUCUCUGCUGAGGAGACCCGCCAUUACCGACUGGGUGACGGCACACUGCCAAAGUUGAGAAUGCCAAGCGGGGACUUCAAGGAGGACAGGUGUACAACAUCAGCACAAUCCACCCCAAGUGGCACCCCUUCUGUCACUCCCUGUGUCACCCCCAGUGUCACCCCCUGUGUGAGUCCCCACUCAUCACCGGCUCUAAGUCGCAGGAGCUGGUUCCAGCUGAGUCCUGCGCCUUACCUUGUCCCCCCAGAGCUCAACAGUCCCACCCCCGGCACAGACAUGGGAGGAAAUGAGGGAGGAGGAGGAGAGAGGUGGAGCUUCUUUGGAACUCGAUCUGUGGUACAGAAGUCCCCCACUGACCCAGGCUGUGAAACCAGCACAGGCUUCUCACUGCAGUCCUACUUUGGCAUGCAGAAGUCCUCUACCAUGGAUGGCACCAAACCCCAGGUCAACUUCAAGGUGGACGACCCCGCCGCCCUCAUACCCCCCAAGAUUGAAAUCUCGGGCAUCGAGGCCAAGCGGGCGCCCACACGGCCACACAAACUAAAACCUCGGGACAUGAAUGUUUUGACACCUUCAGGCUUCUGAAGCCAGACCAGCUGUGUAGUAACACCUCUGUACUACAUCUUAUUGCUCACUACUCUCCCUGCUUUUCUCUGUCCUCUCUGCCUCCCUGCGAAUCCACCGAGGCUGAGAGGAAUGAGGACCACCCACAGUAUUAGCUCACCAGCCCCAGAGACACCACUGCACUGUCACUCCUCCCAGCUGACCUACUCCUACGGAUCGCCACCUUCCUUUUCGUCCCUUCCCUGUCUUCUCCGGCUCAUUGGUCCAAAUAAAACACCAUAUGAAGUAGCGUCAUUUGCCACCCCUAAAGAUGUUAGUGCUUUGUAUUAUUAUUGUUGUUCCGUCACGUAAUGGGUGCAUCGGCGUGCAUUGGCUUGCUGUCCUCGCUCCAAUGUUAAUAAAAGCAUGACACUGAAAUUGAAAUAUCUCGUCAGUCCUCAUAAAACUGACCAGAUAUUUCAACUCAUAAUGCUCAGUUGCCUCUUUUUUUAAUUUUGAGUAAGAUGACAGAGUUGUAGUUGUGUAGUGCUUUUCUCUGUUAGCAUGCAGAGUAUAGUGUGGAAUGACUGAUAUUGUGCCUGAACUUGCAGCGUGUUUGCUUUUCCAUUCUUGUGUUUUUUUUAAUUACAUGGAUGAGCAUCUUUAUUUUACCUUUUUUGAGAGUGUAUGAAGUGAGAGUAUGAAGAGAGACCUGAAGUGAUUUUUUAUUAUUAUUUCAACUGAAGUUUUUAAUGUUCUGCUUUAAAUCAACAUCAUUCAUCCUAAACAGUAGGUAGCGUGUUGGGUUUAUCACUUUUUUUCUUUUAUAAUUGCGUCAGAAUAUUGUUUCAACAUGCUAUAAAAAUCCAAGGCAUUGAAGUCGUCAUUUUCAAAUUGACAUCUUCUGUGUCAUGAUGCAAGAAUCUCUGCUGUUAUUUCAAGAACUUGAUGAAUUCCAGUAACUAAUUGCACAAGGGAGAUGGUCUCCCACUAUGUAAAUAAAUCUGAUACUAACAAGCAGA